GAUGCAAUUUAGCGCAAAAGAAUUGAAAUCAGCGAAUCUGUUGCACUCCAACAAAACGCAGUUCAUAUGUACCACAAACUUCUAAAUCUUAUCGGGACAUAAAAUUGCGCAAAAGAAAACUCUUCUUCAGCUACGCACGAAAAGUAAAAAAUUUACCUCAACAUCGAUAUCGACCGUAUCAUUUUCAGUCUAUUUUUCGUCUUUUAAAUCGGUAAAAAUUGCUGUCCCCACAAAAUGAUUGCAUUGUUUCGCACGAAGAGUGUGCCGGUAACAAAACAAUGCGUGCGGUACGCAUUGCCAAUAGCAUCUCAAACAAGGAGCUUGUCAGUGAGGUUGGUCAACAUCACAGGAGCUACGCAAUCAUCAAUCAUUCCCACCGGAAACGUUUUGCAACGCUGCAGCACCACAGCUUUCACACAUGAUUGGUCUCACCGAAAUGUAAUACAAAACUCCAGAUUUUCAUCGAAUGCCACUGCUCAGAAGCAGAAACAAUCCCCUACACCACCGUCGAGUAAUAAUUAUUUGUGGAUUGCGCUUGCAGCUGCUAUCGGUGGAAUUGGGCUGGCAUACAUUGUGUAUGGUUCCGGCGACGAAGACAGUACAAAAAGUAAACCGUCGAAGAAAGUUGUCGUGAACGUUCCGCCGACUUCGAAAGAAAUUCCCAGCAAAGUGCCGUAUCUACUGAUAGGCGGUGGUACGGCCAGUUUUGCAGCAUUUAGAGCAAUCAAAUCUCACGAUCCCAAGGCAAAGGUCAUGGUCAUCACCAGAGAAAAUCAAAUGCCUUACAUGCGUCCGCCACUGUCUAAAGAAAUUUGGAGAAAUUCGGGAUCCGAUUUGAAGUUCAAACAGUGGAAUGGUGCCGAACGGAGUUUAUUCUUCGAGCCGGAGGAUUUUUACAUCGAUCCGACUCAGCUCUUAGAGUCGCCGAACGGUGGUGUGGCUAUUGUACGUGGUUAUACGGUCAAAUCCAUCGACGUAGCGGCGAAAAAGGCAAUUCUAUCCGAUGGCACCGAGAUCGAAUACGACGAAUGUCUACUAGCCACUGGUUCGGAACCGGAAAAUUUACCGAUUUUCAGAUUGGCUCCGCCUGCGAUCCAGAAAAAGGUGAGCGUCUUCAAGACCAUCGACGACUUUGUGCAGAUGAAGGAAGUUCUGGAUAAAUCUGAUUCGGUGGCAAUUAUCGGUGGUGGUUUUCUGGGCAGUGAAUUGGCGUGUGCGUUGGCCAAGUAUCGCGAUUCGAAAAAGUUGACCGUUCACCAAGUGUUCAACGAGAAUGGAAAUAUGGGAAAAAUCCUGCCGCAGUAUCUCAGUGAAUGGUCCACCGAACGCGUUAAAGAGGAGGGCGUCAAUGUAAUACCGAAUACGCAAGUCAAGAAUGUGGAACUGGUCAACGCUAAAGUUAAGCUGGAUCUUCUGAACAAUAAAUCGUUGCUGGUUGAUCAUGUUAUUGUGGCGGUUGGCUCGAGGCCGGACGUUCAAUUAGCGGAAGAUUCUGGAUUGGAGGUGGAUGGUAAACACGGUGGAUAUCUGGUCAAUGCUGAAUUGGAAGCAAGGAGACAUUUAUUUGUGGCUGGUGACGCUGCGUGCUUUUUUGACAUAAAAUUAGGUCGACGAAGAGUUGAACAUCAUGAUCAUGCCGUUGUUUCAGGACGAUUAGCUGGUGAAAAUAUGGUCGGCAAAAGUAAAAAAACCAUUCACCCAUCAGAGCAUGUUUUGGUCGGACUUGGGUCCAAAUGUUGGCUACGAAGCGAUCGGCUUAGUCGAUGCCACACUGCCAACAAUCGGAGUCUUUGCUAAGCAUCCGGAAAACGACACAAACGCAGUGCCGGUAGAAAAUGUGAAAACAUCCGAAGGUGCGGACGCUACACCCAAUGCUGACCAAGUUCCUUCGACGGCAACGAUAGUCGUUCCACCGAAGACAGCAUCCGACAUGGAUAACUACAGCAAAGGCGUUGUUUUUUACAUGAAAGAUGAGAAAGUGGUCGGAAUCGUUUUGUGGAACAUUUUCAACCGAAUCAAUGUCGCCAGAUCGAUCAUUGCCGAAGGUCGGAAGUAUGAUGAUUUGAACGAGGUGGCAAAACUGUUUGAAAUUCAUGCGUAGCAAAUGUGAUUAAAAUAUUCUAAAACAAAGUAAAUAACCGAAAUAACUCUGUCCUAAGUGUUGCCGCACCCUUCGGUAAAAUGUGAGAAAGGUCAACAAGGAUGUAAAGGAUGACACGGGGUUUGUUAGUGAUGAGUGCAUGUAGUUGGGAGUUAUUAUGUGUAAAUAAACCUUGUCAACACUCUGUAAAAGU